AUGACAGACGGUAUACAGGGAUAUGAUCUGUCAAGCCAGCUUGCACAGGCAACACUUGACACACAGCAAUCAGAAGCUGAUAUAACAAAUCAUUUGCCACGACGGCCACAGACAGCAAUACCAAAGGUUAUUGAUAUAACAGGUGAAAAAGUCCGGGAGAGUUUUGAAAGCUUCAUUGAAAACUAUAUUGAGACAAUAGAUGGAGACACAGAAAAUAAAGGACAUCGGUAUUAUAUUGAGCAGAUCCACGGAAUGCGUCUAUAUGAGGUGACGACGCUAUAUGUGGACUAUAUGCAUAUUCUUGGAUUUGAAAAUAGUGCGUUAGCAGAGGCACUUGUGGACCAGUAUUAUCGGUAUUUAAUUGGCGUUGGAAUAAUGUUUAGUAAUACAGGGUUAAUGGUUUGUGGCAGGUUUUUUCCUUUUCUGAUGCGCGGGCUGCAUCGUCUUGUAGAGCGCUAUGAGCCAGCUUAUUAUCGCUCGACUAUUUCUCAAACAACAAAUAAGUCAAAAGUUUCUACAGAUAAGACGUUUCAUUUGGCAUUUUAUGGGUUUCCACUUGUUUCAAAAAUCAGGGAUCUCCGCGCGGACCGUAUUGGCAAACUUAGCAGUGUUUCGGGUACAGUGACGCGGACAAGUGAAGUAAGACCUGAACUAAGCCGUGCAACAUUUGUUUGUGAGGCAUGUCGUGCAGUGGUGACAGAAGUAGAGCAAGUUUUUCGGUAUACAGAGCCAUCACAAUGUCCAAAUGAAAUUUGCAGGAAUCAAAAGAGUUGGAGGCUAAAUAUUUCUCAAUCAAGCUUUGUAGAUUGGCAAAAAGUCAGAAUUCAAGAAAAUAACUCGGAAAUACCAACAGGCAGUAUGCCUCGGACUCUGGAUGUUAUUCUACGUGGGGAAAUAGUUGAAAGAGUUAAAGCAGGAGACAAAUGUCUUUUUACAGGGUCUUUAAUUGUUAUUCCUGAUAUAUCUCAAUUGGGUCUUCCUGGUAUACGUCCAGAAGCGAUGCGUAAUACAAGAGGAUCGGGUAGAGUUCGUGAUGGGUUUGCUAUUGAGGGUGUAACAGGCCUUAAGGCUCUGGGAGUGAGAGAUUUGACAUACCGUCUUGCAUUUCUUGCUUGCAUGGCACAGUCAAUUGAUCAACGGGAUGGUACAUAUCUAGAUGUACGUGGUGAUAAUGGUCAGGAAAAAGAACAGAAUGCAUUUUUGAAUUCUCUUUCACAGACAGAGAUUGAUGAGUUAAAAAAAAUGGUUCAUACGGAUCGUAUAUAUUCUAGAUUGGUUAAUAGCAUAGCACCUGCGAUUUAUGGCCAUGAAAUCAUUAAAAAGGGUAUUCUUUUGCAGCUUAUGGGAGGCGUGCAUAAAGUUACGCCAGAAGGUAUUAAUUUGAGAGGAGAUAUUAAUAUAUGUAUUGUAGGGGAUCCUUCUACAUCAAAAUCUCAAUUUUUAAGAUAUGUUUGUGGAUUUUUCCCUCGCACGGUUUAUACCUCAGGAAAAGCAUCAUCUGCUGCUGGAUUAACAGCAGCUGUUGUAAAAGACGAAGAAACAGGUGAAUUUACGAUAGAGGCAGGUGCAUUGAUGCUUGCUGAUGAUGGUAUUUGUGCAAUUGAUGAAUUCGAUAAAAUGGAUAUUUCUGAUCAAGUUGCUAUUCAUGAAGCCAUGGAGCAACAAACAAUUUCUAUUGCUAAAGCAGGGAUUCAUGUUACUUUGAAUGCACGUACGUCUAUUUUAGCAGCUGCAAAUCCUGUGGGUGGUCGUUAUAAUCGCAAAGCAACGCUUCGUGCCAAUAUUCAAAUGUCACCUCCUAUUAUGUCGAGAUUCGAUUUAUUUUUUGUUAUUCUUGACGAGUGUAAUGAGGCAAUAGAUUUUAAUUUAGCCCGACAUAUUGUCGAAACACAUAGAUUACGAGAUAAAGCUAUAAAACCUGAGUUUUCCACUGAGCAAUUGCAAAGAUAUAUUCGAUAUGCACGAACGUUUAAACCAAAGUUGACUCCAGAAGCUCAGAUAGAGCUUGUUAAAAGAUAUAAAGAACUUAGAAUUGAUGAUGCACAAGGCAUGGGGAAAAAUUCAUAUCGUAUUACUGUGCGCCAACUAGAAAGCUUAAUACGACUUAGUGAAGCCAUUGCAAGAGCAAAUUGUCUAGAAGAUAUAACUCCUGAGUUUGUAACUGAAGCAUAUAAUCUUUUACGACAAAGUAUAAUAUAUAUUGAAAGAGAUGAUGUAGGUUUAGAUGAUGACACAAAAUACCCGUCUGGAACGAGUACGAAUGAUAUAACAAUGCCUGAUUUAAAUCUUCCUCCCAAGAAAGAAAAAACUAAAAUUACAUAUGAUAAAUAUGUUUCUAUUUUAAAUAUGGUUAUUAAACGACUAAAAGAAGAAGAGUUAAAGGAUACGGAAGGAGUAGAAGAAGAAGAUUUGAUUCAAUGGUAUUUAGAACAAAAAGAAAAUGAAAUUUUAACAGAAGACGCUUUGGUUGCUGAAAAUAGUUUGGUAAAGAAAGUUUUAAAGAAAUUAGUUAAAGAUCAUUAUAUUAUGGAAUUAUAUGAUGAAACUAUAGAAAAUGAACAGGAAAAAACUGCUAAAAAAGUUUAUGUGAUACAUCCUAACGCAGAGAUUGAUUUUUUAGAUUCAUUAUCUACAUCUACUACAUGA